AUCCAUGACAUUAUGGAGUCAUGGAGCUAGACUGUCGUGCUUGAGAUUUAUCAUUAUUUGUAAAAUCGUAUAAGCGAAUACCCGGUUUUUUCUACAAUUUCCAGCCGACAUAUAUUUGAUUAGUGAAUUCUUUCGAAAUUUUAAAUAGUUUUUCGCAUUCAAAAUAACAAAAACAAAACUCGCGCAGUUUUCCAAAAAAUAAAUAUUUGGUAAAGCUAUCAUGUCUUCUCUACUAAACGCUGCUUCAAAUGUUAGGGAAAAUCGAGCCUCCAGGCUGCGUGCUCAACAAUUGGCUGAAAAGCCACAGACUCGGACCGUCACCUGGUCGAACGCUCCCUCACGUCCUGGAGGAUUUGGCAAGCCCGAUCCUUGCCCACCGCAGGGAUUACCGGCAUCGCUUCUACGCAACAGUAGCCGUAUUCCGACCCGUAGAGUUCCGGGCGUGAGAACUUCAAGGCCCACAUCGCCUAUGGGUUCCCUCCGGGGCUCAUCCCCAGAUCGGGUGAGUAUCUGCUCGCUGCCCAACCAUUUAAAGGAAAAAGCCAGCCCGAAGCGGAAGGCGCUUGUGGCAGGAGAUGGCGACUUGCAGAUUUCAAACCAAAAGGAUAAAACUAGUUCCCUAGAAGUACUCAACGACCAGACGGACUUUAAGCCCGUAAAUAAGCGAGUGCGGUUAGACUUACAGCCACAACAUUCGGCUGCAAAGGAUGUCAUUUUGCCUAAAAAUAGUAAGUAG